GGUGUUUUUCACAAAGAAGAGCACUCACUUGACUUUGGACUUGGCUUACUGAAUCCCUGAACAAUAUAUGAUAAUGCCACCAUGUACCUGUGUCUCCUGGGUGUUCAUGAAGAGCAUUAUGAUGUAUGCUCUGCCUCAGGAAGCCAGGGAACUGAGGUUGCCAAGAGACCACCUGUACCUAAGAACUUUGGUCAAGCAAGAGCAGAGUAAGAAACUCCUGAGGAGCUGUUACUAACUCCUGGGAAGAGUCUCCGACAGCUGUUUGGUUCUCCCUCCCACUUCACUGCAUUGGGAGAGAUAGAAAGGGAGGAGAAUCCAGGAUAUGACUGGUAAAGACUGGAUAUUAAUUUCUACUACUACCCCACAAAGUCUGGAAGAUGAAAUUCUGGGAAGACUUCUGAAAAUUCUGUUUGUUUUAUUUGUUGACUUAAUGUCUGCUGUAUAUGUCAUUGUAACUUCAUAGAAA